CUCUGAUCAGACACACAGGAUGUCGUGCCGCUCCUACCGGAUCAACUCAGGAUGUGGGGUCCCCAGAACCUUCAGCUCCUGCUCAGCUGUGGCCCCCAAAACCGGCAACCGCUGCUGCAUCACUGCUGCCCCUUAUCGGGGGGUGUCCUGCUACCGGGGGCUGACGGGCUUCGGCAGCCGCAGCCUCUCUCACCUGGGCGCCUGUGGGCCCCGCAUGGCUGUGGGCGGCUUCUACACAGGCUCCUGCGGCCGCAGCUUCGGAUACCGCUCCGGCGGCGUGUGUGGACCCAGCCCGCCCUGCAUCACCACCGUGUCUGUCAACGAGAGCCUCCUCACACCCCUCAACCUGGAGAUCGACCCCAACGCGCAGUGCGUGAAGCAUGAGGAGAAGGAGCAGAUCAAGUGCCUCAACAACAGGUUCGCUGCCUUCAUCGACAAGGUGCGCUUCCUGGAGCAGCAGAACAAGCUGUUGGAGACCAAGUGGCAGUUCUACCAGAACCAGCGCUGCUGCGAGAGCAACCUGGAGCCGCUGUUCAAUGGCUACAUCGAGACGCUGAGGCGGGAGGCUGAGUGUGUGGAGGCUGACAGCGGGAGGCUGGCCUCAGAGCUCAACCACGUGCAGGAGGUGCUGGAGGGCUACAAGAAGAAGUAUGAAGAGGAGGUGGCUCUGAGAGCCACGGCAGAGAACGAGUUUGUGGUUCUAAAGAAGGAUGUGGACUGUGCCUACCUGCGGAAAUCAGACCUAGAGGCCAACGUGGAGGCCCUGGUGGAGGAGUCUAGCUUCCUGAAGCGCCUUUAUGAUGAGGAGCUUCAGGUUCUCCACGCUCACAUCUCAGACACCUCCGUCAUUGUCAAGAUGGACAACAGCCGGGACCUCAACAUGGACUGCGUCGUGGCCGAGAUCAAGGCUCAGUACGACGACGUCGCCAGCCGCAGCCGUGCCGAGGCUGAGUCCUGGUACCGCAGCAAGUGUGAGGAGAUGAAGGCCACGGUGAUCCGUCACGGGGAGACCCUGCGCCGCACCAAGGAGGAGAUCAACGAGCUGAACCGCAUGAUCCAGAGGCUGACCGCUGAGAUUGAGAAUGCCAAGUGCCAGCGGGCCAAGCUGGAGGCAGCUGUGGCCGAGGCAGAGCAGCAGGGCGAGGCGGCCAUCAGCGAUGCCCGCUGCAAGCUGGCUGAGCUGGAGGCCGCCCUGCAGAAGGCCAAGCAAGACAUGGCCUGCCUGCUGAAGGAGUACCAGGAGGUGAUGAACUCCAAGCUGGGCCUGGACAUUGAGAUCGCCACCUACAGGCGCCUGCUGGAGGGCGAGGAGCAUAGGCUGUGCGAAGGUGUGGGUGCCGUGAAUGUCUGCGUCAGCAGCUCCCGUGGAGGAGUCACCUGUGGGGGUCUCACGUGUAGCACCACCCCCGGGCGCCAGAUUGCCUCUGGCCCCAUGGCCUCCGGGAGCAGCAUCACAGUAAUGGCGCCCGACUCCUGUGCCCCUUGUCAGCCCCGCUCCUCCAGCUUUAGCUGCGGGAGCAGCCGGUGCGUCCGCUUUGCGUAG